GAAGCAUUACGGGAACAAUCAAGAAGUCAAUAGUCCAUCUCCUGUCAUCCCACAAUGGCGUCCCGUUUGGCAAGAAGCGCUGUCGGGGCUGCCCGUCUCCGGCCAUCCGUUGCUCCCCGAGCCCUCCCCGCAAUCACCUCUCUGACGACGGCCCGCCAGUCGUCGAAUGUGCCGACCCAGGACCCCAAGUCCAAGGCCCAAUCCAUCAUCGAUUCCCUGCCCGGCAGCAACCUGAUCUCGAAGACGGCCAUCCUCUCGUCCGCGGCCGGUCUGUCGGUCUACGCCCUCAGCAACGAGUACUAUGUCGUCAACGAGGAGACCGUCGUCGCUUUCUGCCUGCUCAGCGUCUGGGGCGCCCUCAUCAAGUACGGCGGCCCGACCUACAAGCAGUGGGCCGAGGGCCAGAACGAGAAGAUCAAGGGCAUCCUGAACGCCGCUCGCGUCGACCAUACCCAGGCCGUCAAGAACCGGAUCGGCAACGUCGAGCAGAUGUCGGGCGUCAUCGACGUCACCAAGACCCUUUUCGAGGUCUCCAAGGAAACCGCAAGGCUCGAGGCCCAGGCUUACGAGCUCGAGCAGAAGACUGCGCUGGCCGCGGAGGCCAAGGCUGUCCUGGAUUCGUGGGUCCGGUACGAGGGCCAGGUGAAGCAGCGACAGCAGAAGGAGCUGGCCGACAACGUUAUGGCCAAGGUGCGGAAGGAGUUGGAGAGCCCCAAGAUCCUGCAGCAGAUUCUCCAGCAGAGCAUCGCCGAUGUCGAGAGAAUCGUCUCUUCCAAGGCGCAAUAAACAUGCUGUCUAGACACAUUAGAGAGCGAUUUCCUUUGUACUAGUGUUCAUACACGCCCUGUGCAAUAGCCAAUUCAAGAUUUAAAGUCACUCUAAAACUCGCUUUCCCUCAUGAUCUCGUCUGUGUCUGGCUACUACCUACGCUCGAGUUUGCCUAUAUCUUGUGACGCUUAAGUUUUAUCACAGCGAAGGGUAGAGAGGAGUGUGGAUUGACGAGACGAAAACAGAAGAUUAUAUUGACCGAAAAGGGAAAACAUAAAAAUUGCUUAACAGUAC